CAUGGUCAAGCAGGGGUGGCAAUCGGAGACCAUGGAGAGGAAGAUACACGGAGGGCCCCUGACGCUGGAGAUGUACCACCGCUUCUUCGCCGAUCCCUGGGGCGCCCGCAUCACCAUCGACCACCUCAACCACAUCCUCUCCAUGCAUGGCUUCGUCAAGCUCCACCGCCAACACAAGGGGAAAAUCAUGGAGCACCUGGUGGGGCAGGUGGACCUGCAGCCGCCGCGCCGCUCCACGCUCCACACCGCGGCCCGGCUCGCCGCCGCGAACAUCGUCGCCGCGCAGGCCGUGGCCGACGUCGCCGCGAUCGGCUGGACGGAGUGCCCCAUCGGCUCCGUGGCAGGCUUCGCCGGCUUCGGGGAGGACCCGCCGGCGCCGCCGGAGCCCAUGCCCCCGCCCGCCGACCACGUGCUCUCGCUGGCGGUGCGCCGCGCGCGGUCCAAGCGGACGCGCGGCUCUGCGUACGCGCGCCGUGCCGCGUCCAAGGAGGCGAGGGUCAAGGAGGAGGACCUGGAGGAGGGGGAGAUUUGGCAGCCACCACCAUCCCCUCCGCCGCUGUGGGCGCGGUCCCCGACUCCGCCGCCUCCGCCUCCGUCGCCCCCGCGGCCACAGACUGUAAUGCCUCCUCCUCCUUCGUCGACGUGCACAGUCCAGCCUAAGUUGGAGCCGAUCCUCUCAUCGCCACCAGGCUUCAACUCGCCACCACCACCUGGCAUCCGCUCGCCGCCACCACCAGGAUUCGGCUCGCCUCAGCCACCGUGCAGGAGCCGGCCUACAUUGGCGCUGCUCCCCACCCCACUGCGCUUCGUCUCGCCGCCGCCACGGUGCUGGAGCCAGCCUACGUUGGCGCCGCUCCCUUCAGCACCAUCAGGCUUCCGUGCGCCUCCUCCUCCGCAGCUAUCCUGGGGCUUGCCGUUGCCUACUGUGCGACCGCCGUCAGGCCCAGGAGCGCCGCCUGCGUUCACGCAUCAUCUUCAGCCUGCAGGACCGCCACCACUCUGGCGACCGACGGUGCCGCCGUCUUAUCCGGCACCGUGCUGGGGCGCGCCCUCUGUGCUGCCACCACAGCAAACGGCCUGGCGCUGGCCGCUUCCACCGCCGCGCUGGGCACCGCCUCAUAUGCAGCAGCACCAGCGCCCGACGCCACCCUGGGGCUGCAUGAGGCCGUCGGCACCUCCUGGCUCAACAUCCGCCGCGUGUCGAGGAGCAGCAGUAUAG